GACGGUAAAGAAAAUCCUCCUCUCCCUCGCCCUCCCCGAACUCGUCCGGGUCAAAUCCCUAAAUCGAUCCGUCUCCCGGAUUGCCUCCGACCCGGCCUUCCUCCGCGAAUUCAAUGCCCUCUCCUCCUCCGCCACGUGGUUCUUCCUCUACAAGAAGCGCAGCUGGCACCGCGACGCCGUCCUCCAGGGCUUCACUUCCGGGUCCUCCUCCUGGUUCCGGGUCGAGAUCCGCGACCCGAUCCGACCCGGCGGCGGGGAGAGCCUCUACUUCCUCACCGCCGCCGGGAACUUCUUCCUCUUCGCCUCCAAUUCACGGAAGGAAGUAAUCGUCGUCGACCUCGCCGCCUGGACGGCGAGGACGAUCCCGCCCAGCCCGCUCGGCCCACGUGGCACCUCGUCGUGGCGCCGGUCCGGCAUAUAAUUGGUCGUCUCUCGGUCAGACCGGAACAAAUUCCGGUUCAUGUUCGGGGAGCUCGUCGACUCCCGCCCGGUCCUCUUCCUCUACUCCUCUGA